GGCGGGUUCAAAUACGAGUGGAAGCCAUCUUGAACGGCUGUUUGUCAAGAGUCGUUCGUAGUCAGCUAAAAAUUGAUUACACUACUCGAACACCACGUAGGGAAUCCGUUAAUGCAGUUAUCCGAGGGUUGGAAACACCAGACUAAGGACGCAGUGGCUCAGUGAAUCUAACGAGGAUGGCUAGCUGAACAGGCGGCUACCACUGAAAAGAUAGUGAUUACUCCUUGGUGUAUGGCUUUCCUGACAACAUUGACAGGUUCCAUUAAUGCCAAGGUCAAAUUUUCAAAAGGAACCUGUGCUUAGAAGUCGAACAAAAUUGGAAAGUAGAUUUGGUUUCCUGACACUUGAUGUCAGAGAGGCAGUACUGUCGAAGAUUUUGGCACUUAACUUAAAUAUAAUUGAAGUCUCAAGAGGGGAAGGACGUUUUGUGGGGUUCUAGUAUAUUGGACUGACGCCAUCCAGAGACUGCGGAGAGGUUUCAUUGCUAUUGGAACACAAACAGAAAGCAAAGAUGAGCACGGCCAGGACAGAGAACCCAGUGAUUUUGGGAUUGUCAAAUCAGAAUGGACAGCUCAGAGGCUCGGUGAAGCCUGCUGGAGCACCAGGUGGAGGUGGAGGAGGCCCACAGCUACUCAACCAGAUGAAAGGCACAAUCAACAAUGGGAAUUCCCAGCCAGCCCCCACAACUGAUGGUGUCAUCAAGCCUGGAGAUGACUGGAAGAAAAGUUUAAAAUUGCCCCCAAAGGACACGAGGAUGAAAACUUCGGAUGUGACUGCAACAAAAGGCAACGAGUUUGAAGAUUAUUGCCUGAAGAGGGAGCUGCUAAUGGGAAUCUUUGAGAUGGGCUGGGAAAAGCCAUCUCCAAUUCAGGAGGAAAGCAUUCCCAUUGCACUGUCAGGAAGGGAUAUUUUGGCUAGAGCCAAGAAUGGCACGGGAAAGAGUGGAGCCUACCUCAUUCCCUUACUUGAACGCAUUGACCUGAAGAGGGACUGCAUACAAGCUUUGGUCAUAGUGCCCACCAGAGAACUGGCUCUGCAAGUUAGCCAAAUAUGCAUCCAGGUCAGCAAACACAUGGGUGGAGUGAAAGUGAUGGCAACCACAGGUGGAACCAACUUGCGUGAUGACAUUAUGAGACUCGAUGAAACAGUACACGUGGUCAUUGCUACACCUGGGAGGAUUUUAGACCUCAUCAAGAAAGGAGUGGCCAAAGUCAAUCAAGUGCAGAUGGUUGUUCUGGAUGAAGCUGACAAACUCUUGUCUCAGGACUUUGUUGUCAUGAUGGAGGAUAUGCUGAGUUUCCUGCCCAAACAGAGGCAGAUCCUGCUUUAUUCUGCAACCUUCCCUCUCAGUGUCCAGAAGUUUAUGAAUGCUCAUUUGCAGAAACCCUAUGAGAUCAACUUAAUGGAGGAGCUUACACUGAAGGGUGUGACUCAGUAUUACGCUUAUGUAACUGAAAGGCAAAAAGUCCAUUGCCUUAACACCUUGUUCUCCAGGCUCCAAAUCAACCAGUCUAUAAUCUUCUGCAACUCCUCUCAGAGAGUGGAGCUCCUUGCCAAGAAGAUCUCACAGCUUGGUUAUUCAUGUUUCUACAUUCAUGCCAAGAUGAGACAGGAGCACCGCAACCGCGUUUUCCACGAUUUCAGAAACGGCUUGUGUCGGAACCUUGUCUGCACUGACCUCUUUACAAGAGGAAUUGACAUUCAAGCUGUGAAUGUUGUGAUCAAUUUUGACUUUCCCAAGCUUGGAGAAACAUACCUUCAUCGCAUUGGUAGAUCUGGCCGCUUUGGACACUUGGGCCUUGCCAUCAACCUCAUCACCUAUGAUGACCGCUUCAACCUGAAAGGGAUCGAGGAGCAGCUUGGAACAGAGAUCAAGCCCAUCCCUGGCAUCAUCGACAAGAGCUUAUAUGUGGCAGAGUACCACAGUGAGAGUGGUGAAGAAGUCAAGCCUUGAGCCAAUCAGUCCAUCCUCCAUUCUCCCACAUACCUAUUUCACCCUCACCCACCCCACCCACCCUGUCCUGGAUCUUUUUUCUUUUUCUUUUUUUAAAUGUACAGUUUCUGUCCGUCUUUUUUUGGAUGCUACCAUAAGGAACGUGUAUUUUGAUGGAUUCAUUUUUGGAAGAACUCAUUUGCCCUGUUUCAGGGCUACAUGCUGCACCACCACACCUGAAGACGUACGCACCGUGAGGAAAGCACGGGACCAAGGAGAAAAAUCAGUGCACGAUUCAUAUCGGCUAUUGACACAAAGCCAGCGCCAACAGACCCCACCCUCCCAUUCUCCACCUUUUUAUUUCUUGAAAGUUUUAACCAAUUUGUAUCAAGUGCCUUAACAAGCCGUUCAACUCAUUCUAAAGGUAAUAACUCGUCCUAGUCCUUUCAUAGAGCUCACUCAAAACACACUUUCACCUAAUUGAAAAGUUGUUACACUAAUGCCUGACCACCCAGGUGAAUACAUUACCAUGUUUGUUUGUUUCAUCCGUUUUGAAAAGAAUGGAAACGAUGAGGGAUACCGGUCAUCUUAUUUCUCUCCAUUUGCUGGCUUUGCUGCACUCGAGUCUGGCUGAUCAGUGAGGACAAAACUUGGAUUUUUUUCCAUGGACAGAGAUGCCGGAUUAUUUUCCAAGACACAGCCAGACUGUCCAGUUGCUCGUGCAGAAGCGUUUGCUUCUAAAAGACCCAGACCCUUUCCUCCGUCUUCAGUCAGAACACUACAAAACAAAAAAAGCAGCAUCUCAACACCAUGAGUCAUGAGGAUUCCAGUUUUGGUGGAAUUUAAUCAGAGGGACUUUCCUUGUAUUUGUUUUUUUGUUUUUUUUUGUCCUGUGUUUCACCUUCCUAUGGAUGGCCAUGCUUAAUUCUGCAAGACGUGCAGUAGACGUGGGGUGCACCAUACACCUUGUGUAUAUACCUUAAUUUUAAGAUUGUUUUAAACUAGUUGAAAAGGCUGGCUGACAAGCUGCAAGUUUGUUUUUUCCUCCCCUUUCUUCUCUCUUGUUAGCACUGGAGGCUUUUUUUUUUUCCUUGACUGCCAGUUUGUUUGAUCUGCAAUAUCGGCCUUUGACUUUAUUUAUAAUUUUAAAACAAAUUGCAGACUUUAUUGAGAAUCUAAACAUUGAAAUGACCUUGUGCAAGAAAUGUUUUUUCGGAGGCAGAGUUCAUUGCGGAUAAUCUUUUUAGCCCCUCCACAUGUAAUGGCUAGUGCAAUUCUUCGAAGCUGCACUUACAAGUGAGAUCGUUUUAAAGAAUCACCCUAAUUCUCCUGCUGCCAGUGUUAACAAGUGUCGGGUCUCGGCAAAUGGCUCUGUUAAGCUUGUGCGUUUUGAGUAAAAUGAAUUAUUUUGUUGUCACCAGCCUGAACUAGUGAAACUGACUCUUGAGACUCACUCCAGGAUCUCCAGGUAUGGUGAGUCUUUUCUUCAAAAAGGACAUAUUCUAUCUUGUAGGCGUACUACACCUCGCUGCAGUGCAGCUGAAUUGGCAGAGAAUUAGCUUUCUGGAGGAGGUAUUAGCUGUUACGUUGACCUGUGCUCUUUAAGCACAGUUACAUUACAAACGUUGGGCAGGAUGCUGCGUUUUUAUUUCCAUAUUAUUUUUUAGUUUUUCUUGUCGAAUAGUGCCGGCCUCAUGCAUCAAAACAAACCAUCGGACCCUAAAAUGUAGCAGGAAUUCAUUCUCUGUGCUUUUGCGAUUUUUGGCUGGCGUUCGUACAACCAGCUAACAAAAGGAUGCUUUUUCUGGAAAACAACCUGAGCCGGUUGGACUGCACUUAAAACACACAGAGAUAUGGCUUCAGGCAAUAAAACUCACUGCACUGGGUUUUUUUUUUUGUACACUCACGAUGCUCAAAAGGGGGAAAGAAGUGUACAUUGGUGCAGAUAUUAAGAGGCCGUGAAGGAGGGAAUGGGCAUGAAGGAUUACAAAAUUACUGUUAGACUGCUUGUUUAAGGAAAAAAACUUGGGCACCUCAGUCUGCUGAGGUUACAGCUUUUUUUUUGUAAUUUUCUCUGCCCUCUUUUGCUUUGAACUUUUGGGUAACCUAUUUUUGGGUUGAGAUUUUUUUUGCUUUUUUUAUGCAACAUUACAGCCUCGAUUUGCAUUAAAGUUCCCUGAUCACUCAUGCGUGGCCAGAAACAUUGUGCAAAACUAGGUUCCCCUUUAUUAUGGUGAGAUGCUCUCCCAACGGUUCUAAACAAUGAGAAAUGUUAUGCACAUUUAGUUUAAGCUAUUUUUAAAACGAUCAGUGUGAAAAUGUUAAGUUGAAGAUGACCUUUUUUUCAUUGUUCAGAACUGUGAUCCCUGUUCUCUCAAUUUUGUUGUCGUCCCCCGGGUACUUGCACAUUCAAUUUGGCUGUUGGGAGUCUUUUUUUUUUUUUGGGGGGGUGGGGUUGGGUUCUUUAAAAAUAAAUAAAAUUAUUAAGACAUUAGUUGAGUGAACAGGGAUCAAAUUUUUGCAGGCAUUUGGCAGCUGUCUGCUUUUUGUCAGCCUGCUGGUUGUUAUUGCCGCGUUGAUGCUGUUUUAUUUUUUUAAGGCAGCAAAUCAACAACCUUUUCACACCUUGGUGAAUCUCUUCCUUGUGAUGAGAAGCUGCUUUUUCAACCAGCGGCUGUCAAUGCAACCUUAAAGACUGAGACAAGAGCAUCUCGCCCUCAGAUUGGGUGACUAAUUGGAAACUUUGUGUAACCAAAAUCGUCUCAUUCUUUAAGGUCCUUUUAAAAAAAAAAAUUUGGGGUGGUUUGAAAUUAGUGCACUUGCUGCCCUGAUGCAGACGUUCGUCCUCGCUCUCUCAACAGUUGUGGAAACAGCUCUUGUGUGCUGAUUUGCCAUCGAGGAGGAUGCGAGAGCGACUCCUCGUGAGUUUCCCUCAGAACUGCUGCAUCAGUGGAACAUAACGGGGAGGGGCCUUCGGGCGUAACAAAAGAAAAAAAGAAACAAUGACAUGAUCCAAAGUUAAGAUAAUGGGUAUAAAAAAUGUUUGAACAAAGUUGCCCUUAGAUUUGGAUUCUUUCUCUUUUUUUCCUUUUCAAACGAAACUUAAAAGUGGAGUUCACCUUAUUUGAAAAGAAAAAAGUAUCCAAAUUUAAGUGAAGAAAUUGAAGCCUGAGUUCGUUUUUUUUAUUUGUUGGACAUUUGGUCAUUAUGUAAUUGGCAGAUUGUUCAGUGAAGCUAAUUUUACAAUGGACUUCAGUUCAUAGGAUGUCAUGAUUAUUGGGCACAUUUGGUUUAAAAUAAAGCUCACUGACAUUUA